AUGGACUCGGAGAUUUGGUCCGAUCCACGACCUAUUCUCAGUUGGGGAAUCUUCCUGCGACUAAGUUAUUUGUCUGGCCAGUCGCUUCUCUCUGGUGCUGAUGAAGAAGGUUAUACUACCAUAGAUUCACUUUCAAUUGGACUAAAUACACUCAGGGAAGCAACUGGAAAUUUCUGUGAUGAAUAUAAGCUUGGACAAGCUGGCUUCGGUCCAGUUUACAAGGGAAAACUACGUAACGGAACGGAAAUUGCUGUAAAAAGGCUUUCAAGCAGCUCAAGACAGGGUUUAGAAGAGCUCAAAACAGAAGUACUGUUGGUUGCUAAACUGCUCCAUCGGAACCUGGUACGGCUGUUGGGUUUCUGCUUAGAAGAAGAAGAGAAGCUACUUGUCUAUGAGUACCUGUCUAAUGGGAGCUUGGACAAAGUCUUAUUCGGUAUUGCUCUUCUCCAAUCAUUUAUUGUUAUCGGUCCUGUCUAUGCUAAGCAAGUAGAUCAAAAUAAACGGUGUAGUCUGGAAUGGGAGAGACGACACGAAAUCAUCAUUGGAAUUGCGCGAGGACUACUUUACCUGCACGAAGACUCUCAGCUCAGGAUUAUUCAUCGAGAUUUGAAAGCUAGUAAUAUCCUGUUAGAUGAAUCUAUGCAACCUAAAAUCUCUGAUUUUGGGCUGGCCAGGCUUUUCUCGGGAAGUCAAACUCAAGGCAAUACCAAUCGAAUUGCUGGCACAUAUGGUUACAUGGCACCGGAGUAUGCUAAAAAGGGGCACUUUUCAACUAAAUCCGAUGUCUACAGCUUUGGUAUUCUUGUUUUGGAGAUUGUCACGGGUCAAAAGAUCUCUAGUUUCCGCCACACAAUAAAUCUUCAAAGCUGUGCAUGGCAACACUGGACUAAUGGAACAGCUUUAGAGUUGGUGGAUCCUACAUUAGGUGGCCAAUGGCCAGAAAAUGAAAUUUUGAAUUGCAUCCACAUAGGGUUGCUAUGUGUUCAAGAAGCUUUCGCUGAUAGACCUACAAUGUCACAAAUUGUCAUGAUGCUGGAUGGUUACACUAUGACCUCUCCCGCGCCAUCACGGCCAGGAUUUUACGUGUCAAAGGCAAAUUCUGGAUCAGCUUCAGGAACAGAUGAUUCUGGUUCAUCUCCGUUGCCAGUGUCAUUACAACAAUCUGUGAAUUAUGUUUCGAUCACUGACUUAUACCCUCGGUAGUGAUGUGAAAUUUUUAUAUGGAGACCUAAUUUCUAGUUCAGCAAUUGGGUCCGCAUGACUGGCACACAAGUUAUGUUUGUGCUAGUUGACAGCUGAAAAUAGAGAAUCCAUGCUCCUGUGAGGUGAUAUUUAUAUGGAAACUAGUUUUGUUUGGUUUUACAGUUGACUGGAAAUUUAAGCAAGUUGUAGAAAUUUUGAUA